AUGAUACGAUCAUUAGGGCGCCGUACAAAAUUCCGUACCCGCGGCGAAAACUUUACCGUCUACAUCUCUUCGCGUGACCAAUAUCGUCUCGACCGCGUCGACUUCCACUUUAUCGCCUUUCCGAAUUCGACGUCAACGAUCAACAUUGACACGACAAGAAAGUUCCAGAAAAUGCUCGGAUUUGGCGGAGCGAUCACCGAUGCUGUGGGGAUUAACCUGAAGAAAUUGAGCCAGGCUACCAGCGAUCAAUUGAUGAACCAAUAUUAUGGACCUAAAGGAAUCGGCUACCGCUUCGCCCGCACCGUCGUCGCGUCGGCCGAUUUUUCCACCGGCCCCUACUCGUACAACGAUGUUGUCGACGACUUCGACAUGGUCAACUUUAACCUGACGAAGGAGGACUAUCUUUAUAAGAUCCCCUACAUCAAACAAGCCGUCUCACUUUCCAAGCAGAGCAACAUCGAUUUGAAGCUGUUCUGCACUGCUUGGGCACCGCCCGGUUGGAUGAAGACGAGCGGGAAGAUGGAGGGUGGUGCUCCGAUGAAGGGUGAGACAACCGGGCCUUACUACAAGGCGUAUGCCACUUAUUACAAGCGCUUCUUCGAGGAAUACGCGAAGGAAGGCAUCAAAUUCUGGGGGAUGACACCGACGAACGAGCCCCGUGAGGGCCAGAAUGCCGAUUACAAGUUCCAGGUGGUCAACUUCACCAGCGACCAGGAGUGUGAUUUCGUCAAAUACCACCUCGGGCCGAUGCUUCGCGCGAAUGAUGCCACCAAAGAUCUGACUUUGCUCAUCGGAGAUGAGAAUCGCUAUGCUUUCCCCGAUUUUGCGGAUAAGUGCCUCGGUGACCCAGUGACCGCUCCAUACGUCGGCGGUUUUGCCUGGCAUUGGUACGCCGAUGAGGGAAUCUCCCCCGAAGUCAUUGACCAGACGAUGCAAAAGUACCCCGGAUAUAUCAGCCUGUACACCGAGGCGUGCGCCGGCUGGCACGACUAUGAGCUGUCGCCGGUGAUGGGCGAUUGGAAUCGCGCCGAUCAAUACGCGCAGAACAUCAUUGAGGACAUCUCGCACGGCAUCCAGGGCUGGGUUGACUGGAACAUCGUCCUCGACCCCCAGGGUGGCCCGAAUUGGGUGAAAAACUUUGUGGAUUCACCGAUCAUUGCCAACUACACGGUUGAUGAAUUCAUCAAGCAGCCCAUGUUCUAUGUUUUGGCACAUUUCAGUAAUUUCGUCCUUCCCGACUACACGCGCGUCGGCUUCUCCUCACCCAGCCUCGAUUUGGAAGGCGUCGCGUUCGUAGCCCCCGAUGGCGCUCAACGAGUCCUCGUGCUCCACAACAAAAACGCCAACACCACCGGCCAGUAUACGAUCGUCGACCAGGCCAGGCCGACUCGAUUCGCCAACGUUGAAAUUCCGCCGGCAUCCAUUGUCACUGUUGUCUAUAGCAUG